AUGUCUCAUUCAGAAGAUUCAAAUACAAUAGAUAAUGGAAGUGUUGAUUCUGAAAAAGUAACAUCUUACGGAGAUGCAUUACAAUCACAACCUCAAACAAAUAAUAAAAAUGAAGAAGAAUUAAAAAGAAUACAAACUCAUAAAGAAAAUUUAUCAAGAAUAAUAACGGAUUUACAAGAAGGUGCUGGACAAUUAGGACCAUUAGAAGAACCUUAUGAUAUAAAAAAAGUAGAAACUCAUGCUGAUCCAAAUUCUACAUUUAAUGAUAUGGAUCCUUGGAAAUAUCCUGUAGAUGAAGGUACUGGAUUAAGAAUUGUUGAAUGGGUAGAUCAUGAUGUUAAAAAUCCAAAAAAUUGGAGUACUGCUUUAAAAUGGUUUUAUACUGGUUUAUUAGGUGCAAUUUGUUUUGUUGUUGCUUUAGGUUCAGCAAUUGUUACUGGUGAUAUGGAAGGUCCAGCAAAAACUUUUGGAGUUUCAAUUGAAGUUAUUAUUUUAGCUUCAGUUACAGUUUUCGUUGUUGGUUUUGGUGUUGGUCCAUUAGUAUUUGCUCCAAUGUCCGAAGAAGUUGGUAGGAAACCAAUAUAUGCGGUAACUUUAUUUGUUGGAGUUAUAUUCAUUAUACCCUGUGGUGCAGCAAGAAAUAUUGGUACAUUAUUAGUUUGUCGUUUAAUUGAUGGUAUAUCUUUCAGUGCUCCAAUGACAUUAAUUGGUGGUUCAUUAGCUGAUAUGUGGGACGGACCAGAAAGAGGUGUAGCAAUGGCAAUUUUUUCAGCAGCUCCAUUCUUAGGUCCAGUUUGUGGUCCAAUUUUUGGUGGUUUAUUAGGAGAUUUUACAUCAACUUGGAGAUGGAUUUAUUGGACUUUUUUAAUUGUUGCAGGUGUAUUUUAUGCUAUUUUUAUUGUAUUAGUUCCAGAAACUCAUCAUGGUACAUUAUUAAGAACAAGAGCAGCAAAAUUAAGAAAAGAUACAGGUGAUAAAACAUAUAAAGCUUUCAAUGAAAUUCAAGAAAGAGAAUUUAAAGAUGUUGCAAAAACUUCAUUAUUAAGACCAUUUGUUUUAUUAAGUGAAUUAAUUGUAUUUUUAAUGACUAUAUAUAUGGCUAUUGUUUAUGGUUUGCUUUAUAUGUUCUUUUUUGCUUAUCCUGUUGUUUAUAUGGAAGGUAAAGGUUGGUCAGCUUCAUUGACCGGUGUUAUGUUUAUUCCAAUUGGUGUUGGUGUUAUAGUAGCCACUAUUGCAGCACCUUUUUUCAACAUGGAUUAUAAUAGAAGAGCUCAAAAAUAUAGAGAUAGAGGAGAAUUACCACCAGCAGAAUUAAGAUUAAUUCCAAUGAUGAUUUCAUGUUGGUUUGUUCCAGUUGGUUUAUUUAUAUUUGCUUGGUCAUCAUAUCCAAGAGUUUCUUGGGCUGGACCAUGUUUUGCAGGUUUAGCAGCAGGAUUUGGCUUUUGUUGUUUAUAUAAUCCAGCUAAUAAUUAUAUAGUUGAUUCUUAUCAACAUUAUGCAGCAAGUGCAUUAGCAGCAAAAACAUUUGUUAGAUCAAUUUGGGGUGCUUGUGUUCCAUUAUUUACAAUUCAAAUGUAUCAUAGAUUAGGCUAUCAAUGGGCAUCAUCAUUAAUGGCAUUUAUAUCAUUAGCUUGUUGUUUGAUUCCAUAUGGUUUUUACUUUUACGGUGCAAGAAUUAGAGCUUAUUCUAAAUAUGCUUAUUCACCAGGUAUGGAUGCUAAAAAACCAGAUCUUGAAAAAGAACAAGAUUUCGGUCAUUAA